AUGGGAUUGAUAAAAGGCUUUGGGAGAUGAUAUUUGAAGACCUUUGUGAGAGGUUUCUUUGUUGCUAUGCUUACAACAGUAACUUUUCUGGAUUGAGUGGCCUGUGUUGCAAGAGUAGACGGUGCUUCAAUGCAGCCUUCUUUGAAUAUUAUAGUGCUCUUGAACCACUGGAAAGUUAGGAAUUAUGGGGUGCACCGUGAUGAUAUUGUGUCAUUGUUGUAA